AUGUGUUUAGAGGGCUGUAAGCAAGGCUUCUUAGGAAGUUGCAGGCCCCUCAUAGGGGUAGAUGGUUGUCAUCUGAAGACAACAUAUGGGGGUCAGUUGUUGGUGGCAGUGGGCAGAGACCCGAAUGACCAAUAUUUCCCACUAGCUUUUGCUGUGGUUGAAAAUGAAUGCAAAGAAAGUUGGAGUUGGUUUUUGACACUACUUCUGGAUGAUAUUGGAGGCAUUAAUUGUCAACGUUGGGUUUUCAUCUCUGAUCAACAAAAGGGACUGAUGACAGUUUUUGAUGAGAUCUUGGAAGGAGUGGAACAUAGAUUGUGCUUAAGGCACUUAUAUAACAAUUACAAGAAGAAGUUUUGUGGAGGAGUGCUUAUUAGAGAUCUUAUGAUGGGGGCUGCGAAGGCCACAUUUAAACAGGAUUGGGAAAAGAAAAUGGGAGAGUUGUCCAAUGUUAACAUUGAUGCUUACAAUUGGUUGCUAGCUAUUCCAACUAAUCAUUGGUGUAAACAUGCAUUUAGUAGUUAUCCUAGAUGCGAUGUCUUGUUAAAUAAUUUGUCUGAGUCAUUUAAUAGUACAAUUUUACUAGCUAGAGACAAACUUAUCAUAACUAUGAUGGAAUGGAUUAGGACUUACAUUAUGAGGAGGUUUGCAACACUUAGAGAAAAAACAAAGACAUAUACAGGAGCUGUGAUGCCUAAACCACGAAAUAGGCUUGAUGGAGAAGUUGAGAAGAGUGGAAAUUGGAUUCCAACUUGGGCAGGGGCUGCAAAAUUUGAAGUCACUCACAGGCACGCUGUGGCUGCCAUAAAUUACAAACUAGAAAACCUUGAAGACUAUGUACAUCCUUAUUACAAGAGAGAGGCUUAUGAGACUUGUUAUGGCCCUGAAAUUAACACAAGGGCCACUUCAACUGUAGGAGGAUCUGGCAGCACAAGGGCCACUUCCAAUGCAGGAGGUUCUCAACCAGAACUAGCUCCAUCAACGUCACAAGGAGGAGCAACAUCAACAAGGGGAAGAACAAGUGGCAGUGGAGCAGGAGCUGCAUCAAGUCACCAAGGAGGAGGAACAUCAAAACGGGGAAGAAGAAGUGGCAGUGGAGAAGGACCUGCAUCAAGUCACCAAGGUGGAAGAAGAACAUCCUUACGACUAGCUGCACAACAUCUAGGGUCCCAAGCUAGUACCAAUUGA